AUGCCGAGUGCUCCACCCUCCCGUCGCUGGAUCCCGGGCUCUAAGGCGCCGUCCGGAGGAGGAGGAGCUGAGGAGUGGUCUGAGGUUUGCCACACCCCUGCGACCCCACGCCCACGACCCCACGCCCACGAGCCUCCACCCACGACCCCACGCCCACGACCCUACGCCCACGACCCCACGCCCACGACCCUACGCCCACGACCCCACGCCCACGACCCCACGCCCACGAGCCUCCACCCACGACCCUACGCCCACGAGCCUCCACCCACGACCCUACGCCCACGAGCAUCGAACCACAACCCCCACGCCCACGUCCCCUACGCCCACGACCCCCACGCCCACGACUCCCCUACCCACACCACGCCCCGCCGCCCACGCUACGACCCACCCCCCACCCUCCCCUUCCCCCCUCUGGCCUCACUUUCCACCAAGACGAACUACCCGUCGUCGAGAUGA